AUGGAUGCCGCAGCACGUGGGGCGAUCGAGGUGACGGUGCCGUGCCCGAAUUGCGGCGAGGAGGUUGCCAUCUACUGGCCCCCGCUGGACGACCUCGUGAUCGGUCCGCCACCUGCGCGCAUGGAGGCCAUGUGCUCCUUCUGCCGUUCACGCGCCUGCACCCUGGCCCGGGGCUCCGACGGGAUCUACCGUGUGGAGGACCGGCGCAGGCCCCGCCUCGCGCCGCACCCAGCCAGCCCCGCACGGACGGCGGCGCGUGCCCAGCCAGGCGCGGCUCCCUCGAGGCCGGCGGCCUCGAGCCGCCCCGCCAACGUGGGGAGGGCCGCCCCGGCGCCCAGCCAGCGCGCCGCGGGCCGAGGCAGGGCGAGCGGGGGCGCGCGCCGCAGCUCCAGCGCCCCCACGGGAGCGGCCUGGGCUCCCGCGUGGGCGGCGGCCGACUGGGAGGAGAGCCCCAUGUUGGCGCCUCCCCUGGACCCUGGUGCUGAGCUCGUGCCGCAGCGGGCGGCCGAGGGGCCUUCCUGGGCAUCUGGCGCUCCCGCCCCGACCGCGCACGGCGGCGCUGGCGCUGGCGCUGGGCGCAUCGUGUACGGUGCGCCCGCCCCGACUGCGCACGGCGGCGCUGACUCUGGGCGCAUCGUGUACGGUGCCCCGGCCGCGGCGGUCGACGGCGGCCAUUUCCUGGCCAGCUCGCAGGACGCGCACGGCGUCGCUGCGGAACGCCAUCGCCGGCAGGAGUCCUGGCUGGAACACGGCUUCCUCGAUUCGUCCGCGCUCGACCCCGCGGGCGGGCGGGACCGCGCGGCCGGCGACGCACCCGCAGACUCGGCCAGGGGCGACGAAGAGGAGCUCGACCGACCAGGUGCCGCAGCCGACGCCGAGGUACACGACGGCGCCAGCGGCACUAUCACGAAAGGGGAUCUCUCGGUGGAUUUCGACGGCCCGCGACCAGCGUCCCCAGCAGAGUCGCCGAGCGAGCGCGCAGAGGCGAGCGAAGGUUCCCAGCGGCCUGGCAACUCGUUUAACCUUCGCUCGAGUACAGCCACGAGGACAAAGAUGAGGACGCCGCAGAAGCUAGCUCAAGCCCUGGCUACGAUCCUCUUGGUGCCUUCCGGCCGAACGACCCGCCUGCGCCUUUAUAGCUGCAGGUGCUGUGGCGGCCGCUAG